AUGCUGAAGGCGCUUAUUCCAGUCCGAACGAUCCCGUAUGCAUGGGCUACCAGCUCUCCCUCUAGGGUAGCCUCCAGAUCUAAGUCCUUUAAGGCGGGCGGCUGUGGGAUCGUGAGGGGGGGGCGGCGGAGUAAGCAGAAGGACAAGGGUAAAAAGGGUAAGGGCAUGCAAGCAGAGCUGGAUAAGCUACAGAGUUCUGGCCAGUUUAUGUGGACUCUGAGUCACGGAGUAGUCCGAAAUUUUGUGCGCAGGCGACCAGCCGCGAAUUCAAUUAUCUAUAUGGUGGACAAGCCCAGAUCACCUGUCACUACACAAUUAAUAAACAUUCCAGCCCACCCCCACAUGUCAACCCAGCUGGAUAUGAAGGGCCCACUUCCAGAGGCCUGUGAUGAUAUUCCAAGCUUUUGGGGGGCAGCCAUGUUCCCAAUUCGCGGUGAACCGACCGAUGGUAGGGAGGCAAGCUGCGAAAAGUCAGGUUCUAGAAAGGUGCGCAACUCCGAGCCGAGCCGUGCGAUCAAAUCGCCGAUCUGCGGUGGGAACGAAUUGGCAUCGGCACUCCUGGAGAUUGGGGGGAGUCUGGAGGGCGGGUAUGGGUGCCACGAUCAUGGCGGAUGGACCUCCGCUCAAGAAAGAGUUACGGGAACGGCCACACGCUCUGCAGCCGCACACGAGGGAUCGCGUGAUCAUCUUCUGCAGUUGAUUCCAACUCUGCAAGUGGACCAAAACAUGUUCGAAAUUGAAAUGGAUAACUUGACAAUUUCGCUCUGUAAAAAGGUAUAUGAUGCGACUGGUAUUCCAUGGAAACACCACCUGUGCAGUGAGCGCUUGCCGCUAUUUAUAUACAGCACUCAGUCACCGCGGACACGCCUGGAUUUCCAAAGGUUCUUGCGGCGCAGUAUCAAAGCCCAUGUCCAGCCCUUGCUGAAUGUACUUUCCGAGAAACGGAGCUUGUCAGCUAUACAGCUUGACGCUGCUGCCGCACAGGAAAUAGAUAUUUUGGUCGACUACCUCUCUUGGCAGAUACCCAGUAUCCGGCCUAUCAGAUGCAAGGCUGCCUGCCUGGUCCACGAGGGACCUGUCGCGGGCUUCAGCCGAGUGUUCUGGCUACAGCCAGGCUUGCGAGACUGGAUCUCGCGUAAAAGAAGGCGCACGGGAUGGCACAUUGCCUACAGUCGCCGCACCAAAAGCAACGACAGUCGGCAGCUCUCGCUUGCCACUUUUGAAAGCGCGUUUUAUGCAUCAACCCCUCUUGUGUAA